GGGACCACGAUGCUUAUGAAAACUCCACUUUGCAGAAUGCUUCUGCCAGGUCCUACUGUCUGCCUCUUUCCAGGGAUUUAAUACCUCCAAGAUUCAGGAUUGCUUUUACAUCUCUUGCUUGUGCAACCCUGACAACAGAGCCUACUGCCAGCUGUCUUAAUUGAAGAGCAGUAACCACCUCUUCCUGUUAUUGCCAUGAGGAAUACGUACACUCUCUUUCUCUUUGUAGUGGGCUCCUUCUAUUUCAACGGAAGCACUGCAGCAGAUGCUGAGGAGAAGCUAAUGAACCACCUACUGAGUCCUGACAGGUACAACAAGUUAAUUCGCCCAGCUGUCAACUCAUCCCAGUUGGUAUCUAUAGAACUGCAGGUUUCCCUGGCACAGCUCAUCAGUGUGAACGAACGAGAGCAGAUCAUGACUACAAAUGUCUGGUUAAACCAGGAGUGGAUUGAUUAUCGUUUGGCUUGGAAGCCUUCUGACUACGAAGGAAUAAAUAUGCUGAGAAUACCUGCAAAACAUAUCUGGCUGCCAGACAUUGUGCUUUACAAUAAUGCGGAUGGUACAUAUGAAGUUUCACUAUACACAAAUGCAAUUGUACAGAAUAAUGGAAGCAUUCGCUGGUUGCCUCCAGCAAUUUACAAGAGUGCCUGCAAGAUUGAGGUUAAGCAUUUCCCAUUUGAUCAACAAAACUGCACCUUAAAGUUCCGGUCUUGGACGUAUGAUCAUACAGAAAUUGAUAUGGUACUUAAAACUUCCAUGGCAAGCAUGGAUGACUUUACACCAAGUGGAGAAUGGGACAUUGUAGCACUCCCAGGAAGAAGAACUGUAAAUCCUUUGGAUCCCAAUUAUGUUGAUGUGACGUAUGACUUCAUUAUUAAAAGGAAACCUCUUUUUUAUACCAUCAAUCUUAUAAUUCCUUGUGUGCUAAUUACAUCCUUAGCCAUCCUGGUGUUCUACUUGCCUUCAGACUGCGGCGAAAAAAUGACCUUAUGCAUAUCUGUGUUGCUUGCUUUGACUGUGUUCUUACUGCUGAUCUCCAAAAUUGUUCCUCCAACAUCUCUAGAUGUUCCACUGAUCGGGAAGUAUCUCAUGUUUACAAUGGUACUGGUGACCUUCUCCAUAGUUACCAGUGUCUGCGUACUCAAUGUCCACCACAGAUCUCCAAGCACUCACACCAUGCCUCCGUGGGUAAAGCUGGUUUUCCUUGAAAGACUCCCAGCCUACCUGUUCAUGAAGCGUCCAGAAAAUAAUUCGCCACGGCAAAAGCCGUGCAACUGCAAAAAGACAAGAGCAGAGAAUCUCUGCAUGGACACAGCUGACUUCUACAAGAACUCGACUUACUUUGUGAACACAGCCUCUGCCAAAAAGUACGACAUGAAAAUCACUGACACUCUUGACAAUGUCAGCAGCCAUCGAGAUUUUAGGUUAAGAACAGGCACAAAAUUUUCUCCCGAAGUCCAAGAAGCAAUUGAUGGAGUCAGCUUUAUAGCAGAGCACAUGAAAAGUGAUGACAAUGACCAGAGUGUCAUUGAAGACUGGAAGUAUGUUGCCAUGGUAGUGGACAGGCUGUUUCUCUGGAUAUUUGUCCUCGUUUGUGUUCUGGGGACUGUUGGAUUAUUUCUGCAGCCGCUCUUUCAAAACCACAUCGCUGCCACGAACCCUUAGCUCUUAUCUAAAACUGCCAAUGCCUACAUAGACGCUGGGUCUCGUCGUGCUCUCAGUUUCUCUCUGCUAAAUCCAGAGAGAUGUCAGACGAGUUGCUCACCCAGCGGAUUUACGGUAGGGAUGUGGAAAGCAGCAACAUUAUUUUGAUAGGAAAAAAUACAUAAGAAAAAAAAAAAGAAUCAUUUUUCCCAAUGAGUUCAGUACUUCUGGUGAUCUCAUGGCUCUUUUUUCAACUCUCUGAAGCCUGAAUAUUAGAGAAAGACAUUUCCUGUAUAAUAUGCCAGCUUGGCUCACAAGGAUUAUUUAUUAAAAGGGUGUUUUAUAUACAUUGCCUCAGGAAAGCCAUUUUCUUUCCUUAGAACACUGCAGUUUCCAUACUACAAAGAAGGCUUUUAUUUCCUCAAAUGCAUCAGAAUGAUUUGUGUCUGAUUUAUACAGAGCUUGGUGGAUGGAAUCAUUGUUUAGCUGUGUUGACUGUGAUAUUUAAGACGGAACUGAGAAACGGAGCCAUACUUCGGGUUUCUCAUUGUGCUGUCCCUGCUAGUAGGUUAAUCAACA